UGCGGCAGCACUGUCGCAAUUACUUUGCGCCAACAGGCCGUAAAUCGAUGGCAGUCCAAAGAUGGGGAAGUUUGGUCUCCAGUUCAAAGCGACUUUGGAAAAUAUCAGUAAGCUGCAGCCGGACGGAGAAGAUUUCCGCUGGUUCUUGAAGUUGAAAUGUCAGAAUUGUGGUGAUGUUUCUGAAAAAUGGCAGUAUGUCACGUUAAUGAACAGUGCCCCACUCAAAGGUGGGAGAGGAAGUGCCAAUAUGAUACAAAAGUGCAAGUUGUGCUCAAGAGAGAACUCUAUUGAUAUUCUGAAGGAUACCAUCAACCCAUAUAAUGCUGAAGACAGUGAAAAGUUUAAGACAAUUGUACAAUUCGAAUGUCGAGGAUUGGAACCAGUUGAUUUUCAGCCACAGGCUGGAUUUACUGCAGAAGGAACAGAGUCUGGAACACAAUUUGAUGAAAUUAAUCUGCUAGAAAAGGACUGGAAUGAUUAUGAUGAGAAAAUCCAAGAGUCAGUGGGAAUCUAUGAUGUUACUCACAAGUUUGUUAAGAUAUGAAUUUCACUGCAACUGAUAUUUGACGCCCUUCUACUUAAAUGGACAAGUCCCAGGAUCAGCUAAACAGCUCCUUCCCACGUGCGAUUUGUUUGUCAUUGCAAUGGAGUUGCAUCAUGUAUCACGGUCAAACAAUUGUUUAUAUUAAAAUUACCAAGACUAACCGUUA